CGAAUGAUAGUUGAUCUAUACAUAAAUGUCAAACUGAAGUAACUUUAUUUCGCACUUUGAAAGAUAAAGUAGAAUAAAAUCGAGUAAGUGCAAAAGACAUGAAAAUUUAUAAACAUGUAUAGUGAUUAUGUGCGUACAAUAUUUUUCCAAAUAAAACGUAAUCAAUUUUCAUAUAAUUAUCAAUGUAUUAUAUCUUAUAAUGCACAUCAUAUCACAAACAUAACCUCUUUGAUCUUUAUACACUAAUUUAUUUUAGUAUAAAAUUACUAAAAAAUACUUUUGAUUGAUAAUUAUUUUAAGUCUUUAUAUUUUUUUGUCAAGUGAAUCAAGUUAUAAUAUAAUUAUAAAACAACAUUGAAUUAAUUAUAUAUUCUUCCAUACUUUGGUAUUUUAUUAUUUAUAGUAUUGCAUUAUGCUAUUUUUAAAAAGGACAAAUUACCUAAAAUUUGUUUCAUUGUUGACAUCAAGUGAUGCAACAGCCCCUAAGAAGCAUCAUUGGGCAACGGGCUUACUCGUUUCUAUGGAAGAUCCUCGAUAUAAAGUAAAAGAAGAUGAUAAAAUAAUUGUCAUUAAAGACAAAUAUCCAAAAGCUCAAUAUCAUUAUUUAAUCAUACCAAAAAUAGAUAUUCCAUCAUUGUGGCAUGUAAAAAAAGAAAAUGAAGAUUUAUUAUUACAUAUGCAUGCUAUUGCUGAAGAUUUAACUAAAGAACAUAAGGAAUUUGAAUUCCUUAUUGGAUAUCAUGCUGUACCAAGCAUGCACAGAUUACAUUUACAUGUAAUAAGUACUGAUUUUAAUAGUCCUUGUCUAAAGACCAAAUAUCAUUGGAAUUCAUUUACAACACCUUUCUUUCUACAUUCAACAGAUAUUUGUAAUCAAUUGCGCGAGAAAGGUGAAUUAAAAAAGUUGAAAUCUGAAGAAAGUGCGCAGUAUCUGAAUACACCGUUAAAAUGUCACAAAUGUCCAGCCACUCCAAAAAAUAUGCCGGACUUAAAAAGACAUUUGUUAAUACAUUUAUCUGAUAAAAUUUAAAAAAAAAGUCUUUCGAUUUUAACACAUUAAGGGGAUCGCUACCGUCAAUGUAGCACGCAGAAUAAUUUAAAUGAAAUAAAUUAUUCAUAUAACUAGACGUGUUUUUCUGUAAUUCUUUAAGUUAUAUCUCAGUUCAAUGAUAAAAAUAUUCUUAUGCAACAUGGGUUAACAUUAAUAUCAUCUUAAAUAUUGUAACUAGUAUGCAGUGUACAAUAAUUGUAAUAUAAAUAAAUACUCCAUUCUGUAUAUA